GCACAUGUACUUGUUGACUAAUCACGUGCUGUUCGGCACAAGUAGCUUUCCUCCAUUCCCAGGCAUUUUAAAAGGGACUGUUGGAAUGAACACGAUUGGACUUUUGGGAUGUUUAAUACUCCCGCGGACGUCUUUCAAGGAAGUCCCUGCCUCACGGCAACUUGAGUAUGCCAACACUAACAGCCCCUCACUGGACAGAGACACAAGGCAGCUCAUCGGCCGCUUUCUCGGCGACUUCACUGGGCUGUCCGAGGCUGGAUGGGUGGCAAGCAAAGCCCAGUCUUCAAUGAAAAGGGUCGUAACAAGACUGGUGGACAAGCACAGGUUCAAAUACAAUGGCAUCAUCAACCAGCUGUCAUUGGACCAAAGAGGCUAUGACUUGGCCUUCAUCGGCGAAGUGGCCCAUAGUCUGUUCGCGGACGGGACUACCACCUGGGGUCGCAUCGCCAGCCUGGUGGCGUUUGGCGCCGUGGUAUCCCAGUACCUGAAGGAGAAGGGGCGAGCCUGCUGUGUGGAGACGGUGGCCCAGGAGAUCUCCACCUACCUGCUGUCACACCAGCGCACCUGGCUGAUGGAGCACAACUCCUGGGACGGCUUCGUACAAUUCUUCCAGGAAGCUGAUUCAGAGCGUGCUGUGAAGAAUGCCCUUUUGACCUUUGUUGGACUGGCCAGUAUUGCUGCUGCGCUGGUGCGCUUGUUUCAGUGAACUCUGUGAACCCUUACCCUGCCACCUUCAUUGUGCUGCACGUUUGUGUGCCCUUUUCUCUUAUGUAAAUAGUUUGACCAUUUACUUGGAGAGAUGUUUACCUUCAGUACUAUUUGAAAUUUUACACUGAAGCUAUAUCAAAAUGAUCUUUUAUUCCCAAAAUGUUUAACAAUGACCUCAUUGGUCCUGCUUUUGUUUUAAAAAGCUCAUUUUAUGUACUCAUCGCACUUUUUUUCUAUUGUUUCAUCAGAUUUGUUUUGCACUAAAUCUAACUUAAGAUGCUUUUUUUUUUUGCCUUUUACCCACAAUACAGUGAAACCUCGGUUAGCGUCCGACCCAGUUAGCGAUUACUGUAAUUGUCCGCCACCAAAAUUUUGCCUCUGUUUGCGUGCAGUUUUUCAGUUUCGGCUCAUGUCUUGUCGUGUUAUGAAUGCACUGCACUUCUUAAUGUAUGAAUGUAUUCAUCGUCCUUUUUAGCAUCCUUACCUUGCUAACAAAAUAGCACCCGGAACCGCAAGUCAGCUCCGUCUGUCAUCAGUGGUUGUCUCACAAAAAUGUUAACACAAAACACGUUUUUAUCAUUUUUACAUGCGAAAACCAAUUCUUUCAAUACAAAUAAAUGAUGAAUGAAAGGGAGAAAUUAACAUUUCCAGGUGACUUCUACCUUCUUCGAAGACGUGACUAUUACCAAUGACGCUAUGCGGCAACAAGAUCAACUCGGACACCAUUUUCCUGUUUUGUCUUGAGUUAUUGUUUUGAAUUCAAUAGUGUUUCUCACCUUCUUUAUCAAAAUGCUGCCAAUUGCAACUUUCUUUGGCUUCAUUUUGGGCUAUUGAGGUGAGAAACAUUAUUGAAUUCCAGAAAUAACUCAAGGCAAAACAGGAAGGUGGUGCCCGUGUUGAUUUUGCUGCCACACAUUGUUUUUGGGAACAGUCGCAUCGAUCACAAUAAGGGUUACUUAAAUGUUUAUUUAUCCUUUUCAUUCUUCAUUUAUAUGUAUUCGUUUGCAUUUGUAAUUGUUUUCUGCAUGUAAAACUAUAAUUAACAAUAAAAACCUGUUUUGUGUUAACAAUUUUUGCUUUCUGGAACGGAUUAAGUGGAUUUACAUUCUUUUUAAUGGGGAAAAUUUGAUUUAGUUAGCCUCUGUUUUGGUUAAAGUCAGACCUUCUGGAAGGAAUUAAUCACACUAACCAAGGUUCCACUGUGUAUUUUCUAAUGUGUGUUAAACUUGAAUUGAUCCAAUUAUUACUGUGAAUUUUGUUUUACCUUCGAAUGAAUGAAUG